AUGUCCUACUAUUCAUUAGGUAUAAAACCACUAAUUCAGGCUGGAAUCCCUCUAUCUAGUGUUCAGUCUAGUCCAUCACUCCCUAUUUCUAGUGUUCAGUCUAGUCCAUCAGUAUCUGUUUCUAGUGUUCAGUCUAUUUCAUCAGUCCCUCUAUCUAGUGUUCAGUCUAGUCCAUCAGUCCAUCUUUCUAGUGUUCAGUCUAUUUCACAGUCUAUUUCAUCAGUCCCUAUUUCUAGUGUUCAUUCUAGUCCAUCAGUCCCUCUUUCUAGUGUACAGUCUAUUUCAUCAGUCCCUAUUUCUAGUGUUCAGUCUAGUCCAUCAGUCCCUCUUUCUAGUGUUCAGUCUAUUUCAUCAGUCCCUCUAUCUAGUGUUCAGUCUAGUCCAUCACUCCCUAUUUCUAGUGUUCAGUCUAGUCCAUCAAUAUCUGUUUCUAGUGUUCAGUCUAUUUCAUCAGUCCCUCUAUCUAGUGUUCAGUCUAGUCCAUCACUCCCUAUUUCUAGUGUUCAGUCUAGUCCAUCAGUCCCUAUUUCUAGUGUUCAGUCUAGUCCAUCAGUCCCUCUUUCUAGUGUUCAGUCUAUUUCACAGUCUAUUUCAUCAGUCCCUAUUUCUCUAUGUAUCACCGAUAGUUUUCAAACAUGUCAUAUUUGA